AUGUCCGCCAAGUCUAUUCUCGAGGCCGAUGGUAAGGCCAUCCUCAACUACCACCUCACCCGCGCCCCGGUCAUCAAGCCUACUCCUCUCCCUGCCUCCUCCACACACAACCCUCCCGCUCGUCUCGCCUCCCUCCACUUCCCCGAAGACAAGAGCGUUAAGGAUGUCCUUGACCAGGCUGAGGUCUCCUACCCUUGGUUGUUGACUCCCGGCUCCAAGUUCGUUGCUAAGCCCGACCAAUUGAUUAAGCGCCGUGGCAAGAGCGGUCUCCUCGCCCUGAACAAGACCUGGGCUGAGGCUCGUGAGUGGAUUGAGGCUCGCGCCACCAAGGAUGUCGUGGUUGAGACCGUCACCGGUGUCCUGCGUCAGUUCCUCGUUGAGCCUUUCGUUCCCCACCCCCAGGAGACCGAGUACUACAUUAACAUCAACUCCGUUCGUGAGGGUGACUGGAUCCUCUUCACUCACGAGGGUGGUGUUGACGUUGGUGAUGUUGACGCUAAGGCCGAGAAGCUGCUUAUUCCCGUCAACCUGAAGAACUUCCCCUCCAACGAGGAGAUUGCCGCCACCUUGCUCAGCAAGGUGCCCAAGGGUGUCCACAACGUCCUCGUGGACUUCAUCUCCCGCCUGUACGCCGUCUACGUCGACUGCCAGUUCACCUACCUCGAGAUCAACCCCCUCGUUGUUAUCCCCAACGCCGAUGCCACCUCCGCCGAUGUUCACUUCCUGGAUCUGGCUGCCAAGAUUGACCAGACUGCUGAGUUCGAGUGCGGUACCAAGUGGGCCAUCGCUCGCAGCCCCGCCGCCCUGGGCAUGCCCACUCUUCCCUCCGCCGACGGCAAGGUCAACAUCGACGCUGGUCCGCCGAUGGAGUUCCCCGCCCCCUUCGGUCGUGAGCUGAGCAAGGAAGAGAAGUUCAUUUCCGACAUGGAUGCCAAGACCGGUGCUUCCCUCAAGUUGACCGUCCUGAACGCCAACGGCCGUGUCUGGACCCUCGUUGCUGGUGGUGGUGCUUCCGUCGUCUACGCCGAUGCCAUUGCCUCCGCUGGCUUCGUCUCCGAGCUCGCCAACUACGGUGAGUACUCUGGUGCUCCCACCGAGAACCAGACCUUCCAGUACGCUCGCACCGUCCUGGACCUCAUGCUCCGUGCUCCCCAGCACCCCGAGGGCAAGGUUCUCUUCAUCGGUGGUGGUAUUGCCAACUUCACCAACGUUGCCAGCACCUUCAAGGGUGUCAUCCGCGCUAUCCGCGAUGUCGCCCCUGUCCUCGCCGAGCACAAGGUCCAGAUCUGGGUCCGCCGUGCUGGUCCCAACUACCAGGAAGGUCUUAAGAACAUCAAGGCCGCCGGUAUCGAGCUUGGUCUUGACAUGCACGUCUUCGGUCCUGAGAUGCACGUCAGUGGUAUUGUGCCUCUGGCCCUUCUCGGCAAGAAGACCGACGUCAAGGAAUUCGGCGUAUAA